AAGUACAUCUGCGAUGCAUGCUUUGCACCCGGUUUCUUGGAAAGUCAUCUGCCUGUUCAGUUGUCUCCGAGCCCUAAAAGCCACACCUCUCCCAGUUCGUGGCCUGUCGUUGACAGAGUGUCUAGUUAUACCGUCUCGCCAGGUUUGAAAUUGCCAUGUUGAUGUUUUUCUGUGAUUUUCUUUAUUUCUUUUAUUCAAGCUUGCAAUUCAACAGCUGAAAUCACUCCUUAUCCAGCGUCAAUAAACCAUCUCACUGAUUAGGUGUUUAAAUGCUUCAGUCAUUGUCACUCAAGCCUGUCAUUGUCAAGGAUGAAUGAUCGAGUGAUUAAAAAGAAACCAAAAACAUUUCAUCAGUUAUCACAUGACAGGGACACACUACAAUGUCUGCACCGCCACAUCCUGUUUUGGCCUUCUCAGUCCCCAAGAUAUCUUUGCCUACAGGAUUCGACGUUUUGAGAACGUAUUCCGGAGCGUUCGUAUUCUUGGAGAUACUUUUUGGCGGUCUAGUAUGGAUUUUGGUAGCCGCUUCAAAUGUCCCAGUGCCCCUCAUGCAGGGUUGGGUGAUGUUUGUAUCGGUUACUAUGUUUAUCUUUUCAACUGUGUACCUAGUUUGUUUUCUGUGUGGCUUUGCUGAUAGAAUAAACACGGAUUGGAAUUUACUGGACUUUAGUUACCAUUUCAUUGCCUUGUUGUUCUACUUUGGCGCCUCCCUACUUGAAGCUGCAACAACAGCAGCUGCUGGUACUAUAGGGAUUUCCACAUCCAGCUCCACCAACACCAAUGGAACAUGUAUUCUGGUGCUGCCAAAAGGGAAUGUUGUCACCUUCUUAGAUUAUCGUCAGUACAGCAUAAACGUUGCAGCUACUAUAUUGUCAUUUGCCGUGACAGCAUGUUAUGCCUGCAGUAUGUGCCUGGGAUUCAGAAGAUGGAGAGGGUAGUACUGCAUGACUCUUGCUGCACAGAUUCUAUACAAAAUAUAGUAUACUUGGAAAACUAUGCAAUGGACAAAUCUUUCCUUUUUUUUACCACUCUCGAAGCCUAUCAGUGUCAUCUUACAUAUUCAUCAGGAAUAACCAGGAACAAGACAUCUAACUCAAAAUAAUGUAAUUGCUGUUCCUGUUUUGUGUGUUACAUUUUCAGUAUAUUUUUUAGAUCUGCUUGUUUUUCAAUUGUGUAAAUAAUGAAAAAGCUGUCUAAAAUAAAUUAUCUUUUCUUUAUAAGACACGUGGUUCUGAUCUUUUUGAAAGUAAUUUUGAGUUAUCUUUAAAUGACAACUGGCACAAUAUAGACUUUAUUAUUUGAAGGUAUUGGUGUCUAAAUAAUUAAACACAUCUUUAAAUUGUAUUGAUAUCUAAAUUUAGUUUAACUUUCAGAUAUGUUUAAAUAAUGAUGUGCAUUCUAAAAUAAACAUUUAAGAAUAAUCUUGCAAUCAUUAAACUAAA